GUGUGUGUGUGUGUGUGUGUGUGUGUGUGUGUGUCCGUCCAAGCUGAUGAGGGUGCAGGAAUCUAUUGGCUGCAGGCUCAAUUCAACACUUACCAUUAGCAUCGUUUGAGAGGGAGAGACAGAGAAAGAAAGACAGAGAGGGGAAGGGAGAGGGAGAUGUGAACAUCGUGUUUGUGUUAUUCAUUAACAAUAACCACGUCAAGUACCGUAUUCAGUUGUUGCUGGGUUCGGGCAAUAAAUACAUAGGCUAUUCCCGGGAGCUCACCGCGGAAUAUACCCCAGGCACGUCGCUGGCGCACGAGGCUCUGCAGUCCAGUGACACACGGUCCCGGGAUUUCUCGCACCGCUCUCCUGUUUUCUCUCUCCUUCUUCUCUUUUUUUUCGCGGUUAAGGAUGAAAUGCUCUGCCAGCUGACAUUUUUACCGCAGCAGCCACAUGAACAGACCAAUGGAGCUAUGACGUGUGUGUCGGCAGAGCAGUGUGACUGUGCGGAGAGAACUGGGAGGUGAGUGGCUGACCCAGGGAGGAGAAAGACAUAUUCUGAGACCAUCGCUGUCUGAGUGUGUGCUAGACUCACAGUCGGAGUCCUGAUCUAAACACCAACACUCCCACCGUCCCUCCCACAUGUCUCCCCCGUAUCCCCCCACCCCUCUCCUCUUUCUCCCCUCCUCUCUACUGUGUGUCCUCUCCAUGCUCCUGUCCCUGUCCAAACUGAGAGGCGUCCUCCCCCCACUCCUCUCCCUUAUCCUGUCCCUCCCCCCUGCUGCUAGCCAGUCAGUCAUCACCACGUCCCAGGGCAGACUGAGGGGUCAGUUGACCCCCAUGCCCUCUGACCUGCUGGGCCCUGUGGUCCAGUACCUGGGGGUCCCCUACGCCCGCCCCCCCACCGGGGAGAGACGCUUCCAGCCCCCUGAGCCCCCCCUGUCCUGGCCGGGGGUGAGAAACGCCACCCAGUUCUCCCCCGUCUGCCCCCAACCUGUAGAGGAACACAGCCUGCUGACAGAGAUGUUACCUCUCUGGUACUCUGCCAACCUUGACAUAGCCAGCGCAUACCUGUCACAGCAGAGUGAAGACUGUCUCUACCUCAAUAUAUACGUCCCUACUGAGGAAGACAUCCAUGAUGAGGGCGGUCUGCGGCCGGUGAUGGUGUACGUCCACGGAGGUUCCUACUCAGAGGGGAGCGGCAGCAUGAUGGACGGCAGUGUCCUGGCUAGCUAUGGAAACGUCAUCGUCAUCACAAUCAACUACAGACUGGGAGUACUGGGUUUCCUCAGUACGGGUGACCAGGCAGCUAAAGGCAACUAUGGUCUGUUGGACCAGAUCCAGGCUCUGCGCUGGGUGAAGGAGAACAUUGCUGCAUUCAGCGGAGACCCAGACAGAGUCACUGUGUUUGGCUCCGGAGCUGGAGCCUCCUGUGUGAGCCUGCUAACUCUGUCCCACUACUCUGAGGCAUGCUGUGUAUCAGAUCUGUUCCAGAAGGCGAUCAUCCAGAGUGGGACAGCCCUGUCCAGCUGGGCGGUCAACUACCAGCCAGGGAAGUAUGCAAGGCUGCUGGGGGACAAAGUGGACUGCAGCCUGGAGGACUCAUCAGAGCUGAUCGCCUGCCUGCAGGGGAAGACCUACCAGGAGCUGCUGGAAGAGAACAUCACCCCAGCUAAAUACCACACCGCCUUCGGACCUGUCAUCGACGGUGAUGUCAUCCCUGACGACCCCCAGAUACUCAUGGAGCAGGGGGAGUUCCUCAACUAUGACAUCAUGCUGGGUGUGAACCAGGGGGAGGGGCUUAAGUUCGUUGACGGGAUGGUCAAUGGUGAGGAUGGCGUCUCCGCCAACGAUUUUGACUUUGCCGUGUCAGACUUCGUGGACAGUCUCUAUGGCUACCCGGAGGGGAAGGACACGUUGAGAGAGAGCAUCAAGUUCAUGUACACAGACUGGGCCGACCGGGAGAACCCUGAAACCCGGCGGAAGACGCUAGUCGCUCUGUUCACUGAUCACCAGUGGGUGGCGCCGGCGGUGGCCACAGCAGACCUCCAUGCCCAGUAUGGAUCGCCAACAUACUUCUACUCCUUCUACCACCACUGUCAGAGUGACGUGUCGCCCGCCUGGGCUGACUCCUCCCACGGAGAUGAGGUGCCGUAUGUGUUCGGUCUGCCGCUGAUCGGACCCACGGACCUCUUCAACUGUAACUUCUCUAAAAACGACGUGAUGCUCAGCGCCGUGGUCAUGACAUACUGGACCAACUUCGCCAAGACAGGAGAUCCUAACCAGCCAGUGCCCCAGGACACCAAGUUCAUCCACACCAAACCCAACCGCUUUGAGGAGGUGGCCUGGGCCAAGUAUACCCCCAAGGAACAGCUUUACCUGCACAUCGGCCUGAAGCCACGCGUCAGAGACCACUACAGAGCCACCAAGACAGCGUUCUGGCUGCAGCUGGUUCCCCACCUCCACAACAUCAACGAGUUGCUGCAAUACGUGUCCUCUGCAACCCACAGCCCUCCCCAGGACACAACUCCUCACUCCUACACCAAGCGGCUGUCUAAAGGCCUGGGCCUGGGCAGCACGCGCCACCCAAACCCCCCGUCCACGCCCCAGACUCCGGCACUGCAGGGGGAGGAGCUGCAGGUCCCCCACCCCGUCAUGGAGGACUAUUCCACUGAGCUGAGCGUUACCAUCGCAGUGGGAGCCUCACUCCUCUUCCUCAACAUCCUGGCCUUCGCUGCUCUGCUCUACAAGAAAGACAAGCGCAAGAUGGAACAUCGCAGGCCGCCACGCCCACCUCCACGCCAUGAUAUCAUCAAUGCUGACAUCACACACCAGCUGCAGGGGGAGGGGCUUUUGAAGCAGCUGGAGGCUGAGGCCCUGCAUCAACACAACACCCUGGAGAUACACGACACACACAACAUACACCACACGCUGGAGGCGCUUGACACCCUGGACACACAGGACAUCUACAACACUCUGGACACCCUGCGACUGACCUGUCCACCAGACUACACCCUGACCCUGAGACGCUCCCCUGACGAUGUGCCCCUGAUGACUCCCAGGUCUCUGCCCAUGACCCCUGGCUCUCACCCCGCCACCCCCAUGACUCCCAUGACACCUGGAUCUGUUGUGGGGAUGCAGCCCAUGCAGGGCUUUAGUCCUUACAGUAACACACACUUGCCCCAUACGCACACGCACACACACCCCAACACACACACACACUCCACCACACGCGUAUAACCACAGACAGAGAUGGAGCAGGACAGUUUCUCCAGUCCAACUAAGAUGACGAUCCAGUCUGCCGUGUUGCAUGUGUAGAACACUGAGGGAGAGGAAGUGAUGAACUCUGGGAGAGGAAGUAAUGUGCAUCAGUAAAUGGAACAUUAUAAAUGAGAACAUCCAAAAUGGCUGCCAAUAUGGUCCAUACAUCAUGGAAACAUUGCUUGUCUAUAAGCUGCAUCAAAAAUGGUCUGUGUUGCCGUAUGACUUGCUCUGGAGUGGGGCUUCUGUGGUGUGCAGAUCAGAUCAGACUACUGACUGAACCACUCUGGGAAAAACUUGAAGAACCAGUGAAAUUUGAAUGUAGAAUUUUUCAAUUGCAAUGAAAUCCUUCAGAGGAUCAACGUUCCCUGCAGCUCUGUGCUCAGCCUGGCCAUAGAUGUGGUCGGAAGGAUAGGAACAGACAGACAGAGUGAACAACAGACGGAUGGGGAAAGAUUCAGACUCUAUUCCUGGCCUUUAAGUCAAAGACCUCUGAAGGGUUCAACAAUAACAAGUUCAACAGUCCAAAGGUCACAUCUACCAACCAGCAGUCUGUUCAAAUAUGUAAAUAACUUGUAAACAUGAUUGAGAAAAGAUUGUAAGAUUUAAAGGUUUUACUGUUUUAUCGCAUCAAAAUAUGUUAUUUAAGGCUUUAUUUUGAGUUGAUUAUAAAUGUAUAUGUCCUCAGAACAAGAUGUCAUUUUACGCUUCUUUCUGACAUCUUAACCCUGACCCUAAUCCUAACCCUGAUUAUAUCUAUACCCACCCUCUUCUCUGAUCCGAGACUUGUACUUGGACAUGGAACUGGGUCUGUCCUGUCAUGUCUCUCUGUCAUGGUCCCUUACCUUUGUCCUUAGGCUAAAGGCGUCAGCAUGCUUUAGUUCGAAUGAGUGUGCUCGCAUAAUCCCUUAAAAGACCUUUGUUUGAAAAAUGAAAAAUAAGCGGCAAUAGUACUAUUUGUACAUUUUGAGAUGCCGUAAUCACUUCCCCAAAAUAGUCAAGAAAUCUUUCAUAAAUUUUGACGUUUUUUGCCAAAGAGAUCUAAGUCGCGCAAUUUGACAUCUAACUAAGAUGUUUGGUGCAGUAUUUCUCAAGUGAAAAAAUCUGCAUCAAAACGAGUCGUUUCGAGUUGAAUGACAACAGGCACUUGAUUGAACAAUUCCGACGAGGGGGUGUAGACUUCGGCUUGCCUCGCAAUUUUUUUUGUGUGUGCCUGAACAGUUGAAAAAACCCUUGCGGAAGCCCAAAACAAACAAAAACUUCGCAAAAUGUUGUCAUAAUAUAUGCACAAACUGUUGUGAACUGUUUCAGAAGCACGUCUUAACCCCUGACCCUAACCUCUAACCCUGAUCCACAUCCUAAACUCGACCUUCCUCCUAACCUCAACCUGUCUAUGAACCCUUAUUUCAGUCCCAUACCCUAGACCCCUUACGCGAAACGCUAACGUCUAACCCAGAGACGUAACUGAUCAGUUGACCUGAGAUCGGAAUUCAAUCAUGCUGAAGUCUAAAACGUUACGAUUGAAUUCCGUCCCGACACAUAUUCUGCAUUCGUGAGCUUUUUGAACCACAAAAGUAAACUAAAUAAUAUCAUAUACUGUAUUGUAUUUAAAGAAAGCUGAAACAGUGGAUCUGAAACGAUGAAUCUUAUUUGAAACGCUACCAUAGGCUAGAUUAGAAGAUGUCUUUUUUUAUAAUUAUUUUCAGUUUCUGCGUAAACGGAUGGAAGGAGUCUUUGCUGUAUGAGAACUUUCUGCUGCAUUUUGUUAAAUAAAAUAUAUCUGUAUUUUACCAUUUAUAUGCUUCUCAUAUACAGUGCCUUCAGAAAGAAUUCACACCCCUUGACUGUUUCCAUUUUUUUGGUGUUACAGCCUGAAUUUAAAAUGGAUUAAAUUGAGAUGUUGUGUCACUGGCCUACACACAAUACCCCAUAACGUCAAAGCGGAAUUAUGUUUUUAGAAAUGUUUACAAAAUAAUUAAAAAUGAAAAGCUGAAA